UGUCACCAACACCAUCUCUUGGCCUCUUCAGUAUAGCCACUCCCAUGGACGGUCACCGAGCUUUCUCAGGUUUUGCUGUGGUUACUCACUGUCGAGACGACGGCGAGCGAGACACCAGAUCCCACUCUGCGACUCAAUCUAGUAGUGCUUCACUUGCAGUCCGUGCGGAUCCAGUGAUUCCAUCGCGAGGCCCUCGGGCAGUCGUAUUCCGCGCUGCCAAGGAAAUUACUCGUAUCUGCAGAGAGGACAUCGACAUUCUGGCGUCGUCGCAUACUUGCGAUGUAGAGGGGUUGAAGGAGUUCAUUGUUGCUAAGAACCCGAUGCAUUUCUACCUCGUGAACGCUAAAACCCCUGGGGCUACGUGGAGGGUCCUUUGGUACCAUGACCGUGGUGCAGAUGGGGAAUUGGAGAAAACUAAGGUUGAUAUCCUCAAACCUGGAGUGUUACAGCUCCCGAUGAUAUUUUCCGAGGCCAUCGUCGAUAAGCAGGGCUUCCCAGUCGUUCCCAUGUCUAUCCUGCUGUUGCAUAAACUACAGGGGUGGAAAGAUAACAUGGAAUCUCAGGAACUUCGUCUUCGUCUUCAGCAAGACGCGGAUGCGGGGGAUAUACGUUCAUUAUUGAGGAUCGUUGUGAAGGGUAUGAGUAUGCAGGAACAGAAAAACUCGAUGUAUUGGAAACAGUUUGCGCUGGAACGGUUCAGUGAGGAAUUCCGAGAUGAGACGGAGCGUCGGGUGAGGUUGUUUUGUUUCAUGUUUCCAGAGUAUCGUGAUAUAUGGCGAAGGCUAGGUUGGUAGACACAC